AUGGCAGCCUGGGGGGAGCGCGACGCUGGGGCCCGGGCGGGGGCGGAGAAAGACCCCGGCCCAGCGCGGGGAGGAGCAGGGGCGGGGCCCAGGGCGGGGGAGGGAGGGGCGCAGCGGAGGCCCCGCCCCCGCCGGUUGGGGGUCUUGCGAGCCCGGGGAUUCCGCAGGUGCGCGCCGCCCUCCAGGGGUCCCGGUGCAGCUCCCAGCGGACUACGACGGCCUGCCGGGCUCUGCCGGGCUCCGCAGGGCCCAGGCCGCUCCGAACGCCGCUCCGGCCGCUUCCUGCCGCCGCCCCGCCUCCGGCCCCGCCCGCUCCCGGAGCCGCCCGGGAAUCCCGGGCCCUUGGCUCCAGGAGGGACUUGGGAAUCCUGGACGGACCAGCAGGCUGAGGCCCGGUCCUACCUCAGCGAGGAGAUGAUCGCUGAGUUCAAGGCCGCCUUUGACAUGUUUGACGCUGAUGGUGGUGGGGACAUCAGCGUCAAGGAGUUGGGCACGGUGAUGAGGAUGCUGGGCCAGACACCCACCAAAGAGGAGUUGGACGCCAUCAUCGAGGAGGUGGAUGAGGAUGGCAGCGGCACCAUCGACUUCGAGGAGUUCUUGGUCAUGAUGGUGCGCCAGAUGAAAGAGGACGCAAAGGGGAAGAGCGAGGAGGAGCUGGCCGAGUGUUUCCGCAUCUUCGACAGGAACGCAGACGGCUACAUCGACGCCGAGGAGCUGGCUGAGAUCUUCAGGGCCUCUGGGGAGCACGUGACAGACGAGGAGCUCGAAUCCCUGAUGAAGGACGGGGACAAAAACAACGACGGCCGCAUCGACUUCGACGAGUUCCUGAAGAUGAUGGAGGGCGUGCAGUAAGAAGUUGGCCCUCGCCUCCGCCAGACCGCGUGUCCCUCGGGCGUGGGCGGCGCCGCCCCGCCUGGUCCCAUUCCCCGCCUGGGAGGGAGGCGCGACCCCUUCUGGGUCUGUAGUUAGAAGGAAUAAAAGCAAACAUUGCAAAGCGCCUAG